AUGUCCCAGGAGGUCGCCAGGCCAGAAUCGGGAAGGAAGCGGCGGCGGUCACAGUGUCCCAUCAGACCGGCGUCUGAGCACCACAGCCACCUCAUCAAAGGCCGGCCCUGCCGCGCCGUCAGGCCGCAGACCACGCCCCCGCGCUCGGCGCGCCGCCCCGCGAGCAGGCCGGGCCGGGACGCCGCGCUUCCUUCCGCAGGCCCUCCGGCCCGGGCCCCCGCCCCGCCCCCGCCCGCGCCGCCUGCCCCGCCUCUCGCGGCCAGAGUUCCAAGAGAACGCCGGGGGCCCCCGACCCGCGCCCGCAGAAUUCCGGGCCGCCGCGGCCACGCCGAAGACACCAGGAGGGCGGGCGGCGCCCUGGGGCCAAGGUGGCCCCUCAGCUGCGAUGGGCCGGGCCGGGUCGGGCCUGACUCCCGAGGUAGCAGGGCCGCCCGACAGCACCCGCCGGCCGCGGCCGCCAGCCGCUCGGGGCGAUCCUGCCGUCCUUCCGCGAGCCCCUCCCUCCAAGGCCUCCUUCUCCGGCGCUCACCUCCCGACUCCGCGCCCGCAGCCUGUGCUUCAGCUCCAGCUCGGGUUCCGGGGCCUCGGAUCGCAGCGACUCCCUCACAGCUGCGCUCCGCAGCGCAACCGAACUGCGGGCCCCGCCCUCGCGGCGUCCGGACCAACAGAUGGGCGGUGCCGCAGCGCCGCCAGGUUUCCAUUGGACAGGGCGGCGGGGGGCGGUUCCCGCAGACGGGCGCUCUCAGGGCAGCCUCCUGCCGGGUCUCCUCCCCUGGCGGGGCUCCGGCGGACAGCUUGCCAGCGUUGUCUUCUUCGUCUCGUUGUCCACCCUCCUCCCAGUCGAGGUGCCCCAAGUAAUUCUGCCGGACGAAAGUAAGGCCUUCUCCCUCUUCUCCAAAGCGCCAUGACAGUCCUAAUCCUCCGAAAAGACAAAAGGAACGAGAGGCUCAGCCUCAACCCAAGAGACAGCACACCCACAUUUCCCAUUUGGGAAGGAGACAGUGCUCUGGGCACCAGUUUUUCAGAAAGCUUUUUGUUGCUGUUGCUUAAUAUGAGAAUUAGUAGUUGCAGAUUUGUGUAACACUAUUUACCCAAAUACACCUAAUUUGAACCUCAUAAAGACGAACUGAAAUUAUCCAGUGAUAGUUGACGAUUGUGAAGACGAAACAACAAAAAAAGUUACCCAUAUUUAAGUUGAUGUAAACCCAAUUAAGAAUCCCAAGUGAGAAGAUUCAUCAAAACUGUCCUUAAAGAGGUGUUUGGAAAGAACUUAGAUUGGCUGCGAGUUAGUGUAAAGAAACUACAACAGACUCUGGGUAAGCCAUUUAUCUUGGAAGACUAAAUCUAAGGAACGGAAAUUCAUUUUGCCUUUAUACAUCUAUUAUCAGGGGAGAAGGAUGAAUCUGAUCUGAGAAUGUCAUAACCACCAAUUUCACCGGCCUUAAACGGACUAAUUAAUCCUA